AUGACCCCACCGCAUCAUGUUGCAGUGCUACCCGGUGAUGGUAUCGGCCCUGAGAUUUCAAAAGUGGCAGUAGCGCUCUUGAAACAGGCAGGCCAAAAGGAGGGCGUUGAUUUCGAGUUCACAGAAGCGGCCAUUGGUGGAGCAGCCAUAGACGCCACAGGCUCUCCCCUCCCCGAGGAGACGUUGCAGAUCUGCAGGCAGUCCGAUGCUGUCUUGCUGGCUGCUAUUGGCGGGUACAAAUGGGAUCAACUACCACCGGAACAGCGCCCAGAGCGGGGCCUGUUAGGCCUGCGAGCGGGCUUGGGGACUUUUGCAAACCUGCGCCCGGCCGUUGUUCUGCCUCACCUGGCUGAGGCUUCCACUCUCAAGAGGGAGGUUGUCGAGGGUGUGGACAUCAUGAUUGUGCGCGAGCUUGUAGGAGGGAUCUACUUUGGCCAACCUCGGGGUUUCAGCACAAAUGAGCAGGGUCACAAAAUCGGGUUCAACACCAUGGUCUACUCUGAACCAGAGGUUGAGCGGAUUGCACAUGUGGCAUUCCAGCUAGCACAGAAGCGGCAGGGGCGCCUUUGUUCUGUGGAAAAGUCAAAUGUCCUGGAGGUUUCCAUGCUGUGGAAGGAGGUUGUCUCUCGUGUGGGAGAACAAUACCCUGAUGUGGAGCUGAGUCACAUGUAUGUGGACAAUGCUGCAAUGCAGAUCAUCCGGAACCCAAAAUCCUUUGACACCAUUGUGACUGGCAACAUCUUCGGCGACAUCCUUUCGGAUGCAGCGUCCAUGCUGACGGGCAGUUUGGGGAUGCUCCCAUCUGCAAGCACCAGUGAUGAUGGGCCUGGCAUAUUUGAGCCGGUGCAUGGCUCGGCGCCAGAUAUUGCUGGGCAGGACGUGGCCAACCCACUGGCAAUGGUGCUGAGUGCUGCAAUGAUGUGCCGCUACGGUCUGGAUCUGCCACAGAUUGCGGAGCACCUUGAAAACGCGGUGUCAGCAGCUCUAGAUGCAGGCUAUCGGACAGGAGACCUGCAUACUCCUGGCAUGCAGAGAGUGGGCUGCUCGGAAAUGGGAGAUGUGCUGACAAGGUAUCUGGUAGGAGAACCUGCCCCGGUCAGUUGA